GGCAGAAACUUCCCUGCCAAUCUGUCCAAUCAGAGUUUACUGACAAGGUGGAAGUUUGUUGCUACGUCCUCAUACAAAUCCGUGUGUCAGUAAAAGUUAUGACGAGGAGAUCCAUCAAAGAGCCGAGUACUGUAGCUGCGUUUCUUGAAGGAAUUCGGUGAACUUUUGCGGUUGAAACAUGGUGUCCUCUGGAGGUUGGAGAUGACGGGAGAGACACGGUUGGUAUGGGAGAAUAAGUGAACAUUGUAACCUCUGUGGUGGGCUACAGGAGUCCGAGCCUGCUUUAUUUCUGACUGACAACACCGCUGCCACUGCUGCUCUGUGUAAUACUGCUAAGCAUGCCACGCAGGCAGCUCACUUCUCCAAAGAAAAGAAAACUUUUCAUACGACUCCGGGGUGGCCCAUGCUGUCACGUUAAUGUAGUUUGACGUUUUUGGUAGUUUUACGAAGAUUUUCUGUUUUAAAACGUGAUAAUGAUGAAGGUGAGGAGAUACUUUAGGGGGAGUGGGAGGGUCCUUGCAUUUGUGUUCAUUGCUUCUGUCAUAUGGCUGCUGUUAGACAUGGCUGCUCUCCGCAUUACUGUAGACCAGGAGGAUAUCAAGCUAGUUAAGGAAAAACUGAAAAGAGAAAGGCAGCAAACCAGGGUGACACAACCCAUAAAAGAACCCUUCAAACACCCACUUCAGAGGGUGGACUCGGCUACACAAGCACCACUAGCUAAAGUCUACAGACAUGGUAGGAUUUUUGACCAAAAUAUUGGGGACAGUAAUGUUAACCGCAAAGGAGAUUCUCUCCCAAAGACUGACAAACCUAAACACAUCGCUUUAGACCAAAAAGAAAAAGUGCUGAAUGUUGCACCAAAGCAGGGUGAUCAUGCAAAGAAAGAAGCUGUUAACCUGGAUCUAAAUGGGGUGAAAAUAGAGGAUAAAAGAGGUUUAAAUGUGUCUAAUAAAAUUGUGCACUCAAAUAAAACCAAAGUGCCACAUGGCAUUCAGGAAAUUAAACAUACCCCACAACCAAAAACAGAAAAGGCACCCAUUAAAAAAGAGGAUGUUGUAAAAAUCCCUGAGAACAAAGUGGACUCAAAGAAAAACGUAGAAGUCAAAGAAGACCCUAAAAUCAAAAAUGGCACCAAAGAGACUCAACAUGAGGAGGAGGAUUUACAUCCUGGUAAAGCGGCAAGUCAACCUCCAAAAGAGGAUACGAAAGAAAAAGACAAACUUAAAAUAGGGGAUGAACAGGUUCACAAGGUGGCAAAAGGUGAACCGCCGGCUGUGAAGGAACUCCCAAAACCUGCACUCAAGGUCCAAGCACAAAAGAAACCCAAAGAGGAAGCCAAUGCUGUCAAAGAUACUGGAGUUCAUAAAGUGCUCUCUCUGGAUGCCACUAACGCCCCCAGAGAUCCUAAAGCAAUGGGCCAGUUUGGUCAGGCAGCAAAUGUUGCCCGUAGUGAGGAGUCAGAGGUGAGGAGGAGAUGGGAUGAAGGACACUUCAAUGUUUACCUUAGUGACAAGAUCCCGCUGGACCGAGCCAUCCCAGACACCAGGCCUAAGAUGUGUAAGCAGAAUCUUGUCCACAAUGACUUGCCGUCCACCAGUGUGAUUUUCUGUUUCGUGGAUGAAGUGUGGUCCACACUCCUCCGCUCUGUGCACAGUGUGCUCAACAGAUCUCCACCACACCUCCUCAAGGAGAUCAUUCUGGUGGAUGACUUCAGCACCAAAGAGUAUCUGAAGGAGAAGCUGGAUAAGUACAUGUCCAAGUUUCCUAAAGUGCGAAUCAUUCGUCUGAAGGAGCGUCAGGGCCUGAUCAGGGCCCGGAUGGCUGGAGCAGCUGUAGCCAAAGGUGAAGUCCUUACCUUCCUUGACUCCCAUGUUGAAUGUAACGUGGGCUGGCUGGAGCCACUGCUGGAGAGAGUCUACCUGGAUCGCAGGAAGGUGCCCUGCCCUGUUAUUGAAGUCAUCAGUGACAAAGACAUGAGUUACAUGCUGGUUGACAACUUCCAAAGAGGUAUUUUCAGAUGGCCUCUGGUGUUUGGCUGGAGCCCAUUACCAGAGGAAUACAUAAAGAAGAACAACAUGACCAUUGCAGAUCCCAUCAGAUGUCCAGUCAUGGCUGGAGGCCUCUUCUCCAUAGACAAAAAAUACUUCUAUGAGCUUGGCGCUUAUGACCCAGGCCUGGAUGUUUGGGGCGGAGAGAACAUGGAGAUUUCAUUUAAGAUCUGGAUGUGCGGAGGGGAAAUCGAGAUCAUCCCCUGCUCUCGAGUGGGACACAUCUUCCGAGGACAGAAUCCCUACAAAUUUCCCAAAAACAGGCAGAAGACCGUGGAGCGUAAUCUGGCCAGGGUGGCCGAGGUCUGGCUGGAUGAGUACAAGGAUCUUUUCUACGGUCAUGGCUACCACCACCUGCUGGAUAAUAAAAACAUCAACAUUGGGAACCUCACAGAGCAGAUUGAGCUGAGGAAGAGGCUGAAGUGCAAGAGCUUCAAGUGGUACCUGGAUAACGUGUAUCCAGAUAUGGAGGCUCCAUUAGCGAAAGCUGAAGGCCUGGUCUUUAACCGGGGCUUAAGAAAAUGCCUCUCUGUGCAGGAAGGCUCUGCGUCAUUUGAGAUUUGUGAUCUGAACAAGCAGAGUCAACACUUCAAUUACACCUGGAUAAAGCAAAUUCGACACCAGGACCUCUGCAUAGCAGCUCAGUUCAACAACAACAGCUUUGCUCUACAACCCUGUGACAGCAAAAAGCCUGAACUCCGCUGGUUCCACAAAUCCUCCAAGGCCGCUCUGGGGGAGCACCUCAUCGCAGAGUUUACUUCCCUCCACAUGUGCCUGGAGUCGAGGCCUAAGGGUGACAGUUUUCAGCUCAGCCCGUGUGAUCCUGCCAACCCCUUCCAAAAGUGGCAGUUCACACACUACAACACUCUCCCAUUGGGCUGAAGUGAGUUUAGUGUGCACCUUAGGGACUCUAAACACUAAACUAAACACCUCUGUCUGGAGAAGCUGAGGUAUUGAGGUGUGGUGGGAAGCAAAAAGGUGUGGGGAUGUGCAAUGAUUCUAAUGUCCUGACUUUUAAGUUUAAACCUUUAUGCCAAAGACAAUGGAGCAUCUUUAACUAUGCAAAUAUUUGGACUUAAGUUUGCUAGUUUUUGCAAGAGGUGCUCCACACUGGCAUACAGAAAAAAAUUAGGAUGUACAGUGAAUGUCAGAAGCUUUUUCACAUAUGCACUCCUGAAGAUUACCAGACAGCCUUCUGUUGAAGUCCCCCUAAAUUGUUCGUCCCUCAUGGCUUGAAGUUUUCCUGCUCAGAUGGGGAGGGGUAUUAGAAUUCCUAGAUGGUGGACGAGGGAACAGAGUCAGGCACUAUUUUGACAGUUUUUUACCUUUAUGAGAAAGCUAUGUGUGACUGGAUGCAAUUUACAGUGGGACAAAGAUGCCAGCAAACAGAAGAAUGUCACAGAGUCACUUGUGGCACCAAUUGCCCACCUGCUGGUGAAUUUUGUUAGUAUUUCUGCUGCCUUCACACAUCAGCUAACCCAGAAUUCAUGCACAAAAUUUGGUAGCACUUUAUUUUAGUGGGCCCUUUAUUUUACCUAGUAAUUUUAUAGUAAUAAGGGGUAAUUAUCUAGUAACUGCUCAAGAUUAAGGUGGUAAAUACCUAGUAAUAAGACAUUUUACUAUUUAAUAACUCUGUAAUAUUUAGGAAGUAUUUACCUAGUAAUAAUGAUAAUAAUAAUAAUAAUCUAAUAUAAAGAAAACUCUCGUAAUAUUAUAGCAAUUCCCUGAUAAUUGGGUGGGUUUUUUAACCCUUACCCCCUACCCUGACCCAACCCUCGUAAUAUUGUUUUGCAGUUGGAUGGUACUUUACCGUAAGCCCUACCCCUUAACUUAACCCAGUGUUAAUUUCGUCGACUAAAACUAUGACUAAAAAUGUUGAUCGACAUCCACGUGAAAAGACGAGACUAAGACUUGCUAAAACUACAUCUAUGAUGAAUAAAACUUACUAAAAGUAAGUUUAGUUUUCGUCAAAAUGACUAAAACUAGACUAAAAUGUGAUUUAGUUUUCAUCGGACAUUCAAAAUCCAUGAUAUUUCUCCACCUUGGGUAAAUCUGUCAAUAUAC